CUAUACGAUUUCGUAGCAACCUCUUAACGUCCUUAAGAAGAGACAAGUUUCAAGCGUUGUCAAUAGCAACAAAAAAAUUUCCAUUUCCGUUCUUGGAUUUUGACCGCGAACCGUCAAAACCUCAUAUAAAUAUGGAUAGCAUAGAAGCUCAAUUUGUUCGUGAUACAAUUGCUAAGAAUAAGGUAGCAAUAUUUAGCAAAACUACUUGUCCCUAUUGCACAAUGGCUAAAGAGCCAUUUCGCAAGUUGAAGGUUGAUGCAAUGAUAGUGGAGCUCGAUGGACGUAAAGAUGGCAAUGCUAUUCAAUCUGUACUGGGCGAGAUGACAGGCGCUCGGACGGUGCCUCGAGUGUUUAUCAAUGGUAAAUUUGUGGGUGGCGGCACCGACAUAAAGCGCAUGUACGAAUUGGGAACGCUGCAAAAAUAUUUCGAAUAAUGAUUUAAUUGAACUGUUU